GAAUCAAGCCUUGGAUCCACCACACACCCAUAAAGCAGGAGCUUCCCAAGGAGGACUUGGAUCUUGCUGCUGCUGUUGAUACUGCAAGGAAAAGUUGGACCUGCACUCCUGAAGGAGAUUUAAAAUUCCUCUUUCUGAAAGGAACUGCACCUCCCAAAGCUAAGUAACAAUGUUACUUUUAUUUUAUUCUGCAUUUCCCAGACUGUGGCUUCCUUGGCAAUUUCUCCUGCUGUUGGAUAUGCCACUCAAAGCCCCACUCAGAAUUAGAUCAUGGGAUUCCUUUAGUCUAUCCAGGUUCUGAUUUUACUACGAUAGCCUUGCACUACUAAGCAUACCCCUCAAUAAACACUUGACUCUCUGCAUAAUAGGUCUCACUUUGGAAACCCAUCUGCAACAUGGUCUCUAGAAAUAUGAAGCAGUCUAUCAGCUUCACUUGUUCAGCAGUGCUAUCUUCUAGACACUGCGUAUGCCACCUUCUGAAGACAACAAUCCUUCUCCCUUGCAUAAAAACUUCACUCUAUUCUUGAUUCCCUUCUUUAUUUAGUAAAUAACAAGAACCUCUGGACCUGGGGAUAUGUUGAGACUAUGCACCUUGACAGCAGAAAGGAACUACAGAAGAUGAGAUCUCCAUCCACUUACCCUUAUAAGAUUAUAAGAUUCAAGUGUUUUGAAGUGAGAGUUGUUACUGUAGCUAGUCAGUCAGAGUCAGGGAGUUUCCUGCCAUUGGCCAAAAUGGUGGCAGAGGCAUUUCUUACAUUUAGUGUGCCAAACUGUAGAAAGAUGAAUGGAUAGGGCCUGAGCUCACCAACAACUAGAAAGAUGAAUGGACAGGACCCAUGCAUGCCAAAACCCAGCAAGAUAGAGUAGAAAAAAGCCCUCCUUCCUAUCCUUGUAAAAACCAUGGCUUGAGCAGGAAGGAGAGAUGGUCUUUGAGACAGGAGUCCAUUUGUUGCACACUGAUUAGUUAGUAUCAGGGCAGGGGAUCAUUAGUCAAGGCAGCUGGUCCUGAGGAUAGCCAUGGUAUUGCUUGUCUGGUUUUGCUGCUUUCUGAGCCUAGAGCUGAAACACAACUGAGGCCUAGAUGUUAUUGCUAGAGGUCAAUGCUUAGGGGAAUGGUCAUACAGGGGCUUAUAUGGGGGUUGUAUGAGGUUGGUCUCCUGCCCUUUGUUCCUCCUCUAAGGGGGUCAAACUCACAUGACCAGUGAUAUACUAGAGGAGGAAAUGUUACCCUGGGGGCAAGAUCCUGGUUUUCCCAGUUCUGCCCAUUGCUAGGCAUCCAGGGCUCUCUGCUCUGGUGACCUUCUGUGCCUGGCUUGGAUCAUGAGUAUCUAACUGCCUACCACAAAGAGAAUGAAGAAAAAGGCCAGCAACUCCGGAAUUAAAUGGAGUUUAUUGAAGGGACUUACAGACAGAAGCAGAGUCUUGGUCAGCAGCAAGAUGAGUAUCUAUACCUGAAAGUGUAUGAGGUUUCAGCAACACAAGUGGCAGGGUAUUGUUAAGAGCUAUAUAUUGCAAAGCAGUAAACAGUUUAAAGGGCCUACUUUUCUAUAUAAGAACAUUUUUUCAGGUAAUAUAGGCCCUCUGCUCCCAGGUCACUGAGAGUAACUUGCUUCUUAAAAUGGAGUUGGUCACAUCAAGCACUAGAAACCAUUUUGCCUAACAUCUUUUCUUCCUUAUUUUUGUGGAAUUUCAAUCUAAAAAAAGAUUGUCACUACCAUUUUUUUGGUGGGAUUGUCAAGAUAAGAAACAUUUGAACCUGUAGAGAAUUUUUGUAAGUUUACCUGAGCCAAAUUGAUGACAAUUGCUGGGAAGCAGAAUCUCAACAGAUUGAGAAUGUGGUCCAGAGAAUGGCAGUCUUGCAUCUUAUUUUAUACAUUACCAUCAAAUAGGAGGCAGAAGGGGUUACAGGAAAUCCAUUGGUGAUAGAUUAGGAAGGCAGGAGAAAGCAAAGUGGGGAAAUCUUUGGGACUGGAUAAAAACUAAAACAAAUAAACACAUACUUCUUUUACAUUUGUGGGUAUAGGAUAGUUUGCAGUUAACAAUUAGCACAAUAACAAUAGCAACAAGGGGUUUUGUGGUCUCAGCUCUUGGGCAGUGAAGGGUCUAGAAAAAAAGAAAAUUACCUGACAUUCAAAGGUAUGUUAUCCUAGAUGGAAAAAGACAAUAGACAGGCUCAGUUAAGGUAAAGAUUGACUUUUGUCAAGUAAGAUAUUGGCCGAGAGCAUGAAUAUCCACUACAACACUUUUAGUUAGAAAGCUUUAAUGUCAGACUACAUGGUUACUUUAGGUCUCUGAGUUUCUAAGGCCCACCAUGCAGGCCUCUACUGAGCUUGUUAGGUUUCAAAUGCAACCCUUUUUUCAUUCAUAGGGUUUAGGGGAAGGAAUAGAGGUAAUGCUCCUGCUGAGUCCAUUACAACUAAUGGAAAGCCCAGCCCUCCCUUAGGCUUUCCUUUUUGUACCCCUACUUGCCAUGCCCACUUAAACUCAGCCUCACCACUUUCUGGGUGUGCAUGGCUGAUUUCACUGCACCUCAUACCAGGUGCUCUCUCACUCUGUAAAUUUUAUGCUGUUGUCUCUGGAAUUCUAACUUCUCUACCAACCCACACACUGCUUAUUGAAGCUUCUUUAAUACAAACCUCAGAGUUUUAUAAAUAUCUCUAUUUUAGAACUUAUCUUAAAUUUUUUUGUGUUGUUGAUACAUGUAAGGUAACUCACUUUACAUCUGGGGUAGAGUGUAGGGGAACUAACUUUAGAUGCAAUAUAGCUCCAGCACCAAAUGUAUCUGGGAAAUGCUGGGCUCUCUGUUUAACACUCUGUGACUGUUUAAGUCUCUGUGACUACUUAACUCUCUGUAGCCUCAGGCUCAGCUGACUACCCAGAAAACUGGCAUGCCACCCAAAGAUAAAUGUGAUGCCUCCAGGAAGGAGGUUAGUGAAUGUGUGGAAUGUGAUAACUGUCUGAUGUUAUCUGUUAAUUUAGGAAUGCAUCGUUCUUUCUGGUGAUUUAUGAGACUAUCCAUUGUGUGACUUUACAAUUAACCCCUAUGAAAAGGGAUCCUAUCCUGGGAGGGAGUGUGAAAUUUUUCUGGCUCACCACCACUGGGAGUAGCUGCUUUGCUUGUGUAUGUAUGAAAAUGAAUGUGAAUGUCAACUGCUGCUAAAGGAAAUGCUUGGGCGUCUUAACAAGGAAGCUGAUGAAGCCUUACUACAUAAUCUGCACCUUCAGAUUGAAGCCCAGUUUCUGCAGGAUGAUAUCAGUGCAGCAAAGGACAUGUACAAAAAGAAUCUUCUGGAAAUUCAGACCUAUGUGAGCAUUCUGCAGCAGAUCAUCCAGACCACUCCUCAAGCAUCUGCCAUUACAGAUGGGAUGCGGGAGGAGAAGCUCCUGACAGAACGAGAGGUGGCUGCCCUGCAGGGUCAGCUGGAGGAAGGCCAGGAGGUACUGUGUCUCCUGCAGGCACAGAGAGCUGAGCUGCAGGCCCAGACAGCAAUGCUGGAACAAGCUAUUAAAGAUGCUCAUGAGUGCUAUGAAGAUGAGAUUCAGCUGUAUAAUGAACAGAUUGAAACCCUGCGGAAGGAGAUUGAAGAGACUGAGAAGAGCCUGGAGAAGUCUUCCUGUGACUGCCGGCAGCUGGUGGUCAUCCAGCAAACCCUGAAGAAUGAGCUGGACCGGUAUCAUCGGAUCAUUGAGAACGAAGGCGACAGGCUGAGCUCUGUCUUCAUGGAAACACCUGUCACUCUCUUCACUAUGGGCCAUGGAGUUUCCUGUAGCCCUCAACCUGGUGGGAAAGAUCUCACCAGGGCUGUGCAGGAUAUAACAACAGCAAAACCAAGACAAAGAGGCCUCCCCAAGAAUGUUCCAAGGAAAAAGGAGAUUAUAGCUAAAGACAGAGUAGAUGAAAGUUUGGAAGGUGUACCACUGAAAGGUCUGGAAGACACAGAGCUGGUGCAGGUGGUAGUUGAAGAAGAAGGAGAAUCUAAGCUUGAAUCAGGGGAUGAAGAAGCAAGUCCCCCUGCCCCAGAAGGGACUCCAGAGGAUGUGCCAGAUGGAGGGCAGAUAAGCAAAGCCUUUGGGAAGCUCUCCAAGAUGAUCAAGGAGAGAAUGAGAAGCCCCAAGGAGCCUGAGCCCACAGCUGACCUCUACACUAAAGGGCGGUACGUGCUAGUCAUGGGGGAUGCCAGUUAUAUGGACCCUGGAUUUUGUUCAUUGGCUGUCCCGACCAAGGGUAGAGUACUUGUUUCCAUUGAGGACAACUCUCUGCAUCAUGACAGUGCUGUGGAGCCCUCUCCCAAGCAGUCUCAGCCCCCUCUGGAGGAUGGACAGGGGAGUUCAUGCCCACCCAGUCAGCAUACUGCAGACAAUGAGAUAAACAGUGAAGAACUGAAAGGUCCUGGGGAGAAGCAUGGCAGUCAGAAUGAGGAGGAAGGGCCCAGGAAGCCUUGUCUUGUGGUCAAACCUGGCCCAGAGGAACCAUCUGCACCCCCACCACAAAGGCCUGGGGCGAGCCAGGGUGGAUUUGAAGGUCAGGAGGAUAGGAACAGCAGCCUGCAAGAGAGAAGCCCUCCCAGGACUUUGGCAUAUGAGAAGGUGGAAGUGAUGGAAUCCAUUGAGAAGUUUUCAGCUGAGAGCAUUCAGACAUAUGAAGAAACCACUGUAAUUCUGGAGACCAUGAUUGGAAAGACAAAGGCAAACAAGAACCUGGGAGACCAGGGCUCUCACAAUGCCUAGGCUUAUUGGAGAAAUGUCUCUGGGCCACGCUGUACGGGAAGUGCUUUGAUGUUGUAGAACAGAUGCUAAAGAGUGAAGGUUCCCGUUUGGAUUAGACCAUAGUUGGCCUGUUUGGUAUUGCCAAGGAAGCCUUAAUUAAAAAGUGUAUUUUGCUUGCA